CCUCCUCUACUCACACACACACUCACAGCUGUUUAUACUCCUCUCUCCGAUGAGCAGCGGAGCCAUCAGAGAGCAGAGGCUGCAGGAGUCCGGAGGAAUCGGAAUCGUACGGGAAAAAUCUGGACGACUAGUGUUGAUUUUUUUUUUCUUUCUUUCUUUUUUCUCAUCAACUACACGGCUUUCACUUUCUGUCAUCCCGCUCUUCCUUCUUUUUGCGUAUGUCCGUCCCGGCUGCUCCGUUGGAAUCUGGAGUACAGACACGGAUCAGCAGCAGAGUGAAAACAGAGACAUGAGUUUCAGCCUCUGCUGCCCGCUCUCUCCCAUUCACUGACAGAAGAGGGGAACACAAGGUAAAGGGGUCGAAGCGGCAGCCAUAGGCAAAGCGGCGACGGUGAAGCAGACAUGAGUGCGGACGGCCAUCAGGCGGUGGUGACCACUCCGCCGCCGCCCAGCGGGGGCACCAAGGAGCGCUAUUUUGACCGGGUCAACGUCAACGAUCCAGAGUACAUCAGAGCCAGGAACAUGUCGCCUGACCUCCGGCAGGAUUUUAACGUUCUGGAGCAGAAGAAACGCGUCACACAGAUUCUACAAAGCCCAGCCUUCAAAGAGGAGCUGGAGUGUCUGAUCCAGGAGCAGCAGCGGAAAGGGAACAACCCGACCGGACUGCUGGCCCUCCGGCAGAUCGCCGACUUCAUCAUGGCCAGCUCGGUGGCCGGCUUCAACACUUCCCCUCUCAGUCUGGGGAUGGUGACUCCCAUUAAUGACUUGUUCGGGGUGGAGUUCGCCUCCAUGGUGAAAGGCGAGAAGCAGACGCGCUGUAAACUGGCCAGCCUCUACAGACUGGUGGACCUGUUCAGCUGGGCCCACUUCGCCAACUCCUACAUCACAGGCCGAGUGAGUAAAGAACAGGACCACAUACUCAUCAUCCCCAGAGGUCUGUCAUUCGCUGAAGCGUCUGCAUCAAACCUGGUGAAGGUGAACAUCAUCGGGGACGUGAUCGAGCAGGGCUCCACCACCCUGCGGAUCGACUCGGCCGGGUUCAGCCCGCACGCCGCCAUCUACUCCAUGCGUCCGGACAUCCGCUGCAUCAUACACGUUCACACUCCCGCCACUGCGGCUGUGUCAUCGAUGAAGUGCGGCCUCCUGCCAAUCUCCCAGGAAGCGUUGAUCUUGGGAGAUGUCGCCUACUACAACUAUCAGGGCAGCCUGGACGACCAGGAGGAGCGCAGGGAGCUGCAGAAAGCCCUUGGCCCGACAGCGAAGGUUUUGGUGUUGAGAAAUCACGGCGUGGUCGCUCUCGGGGAAACCGUCGAAGAGGCUUUUCACUACAUCUACAACGCCCAGUACGCCUGCGAAAUCCAGGUGAAUGCUAUCUCGUGUGCUGGAGGAGUGGACAACCUCAUAGUGCUGGACCCAGAGAAGUACAAAUCCCGCGUGUUCGCCGUGGCGGCGGCGGCGGAUGUCAACAUGGCCGGCCAGUACAAGUGGAAGAUCGGAGAGCUGGAGUUUGAGUCUCUGAUGAGGAUGCUGGAUAAUCUGGGCUACAGAACGGGCUACGCCUACCGACACCCCAUCGUUCGGGAGAAGCCGAGGCACAAGAGCGAAGUGGAGAUCCCCGCCACCGUCACGGCCUUCACGUUCGAGGAGGACGGCGAGGCCAUGCGCCUGCCCUUCAAGUUCCUCCAGCAGCGGCAGCAGAGGGAGAAGACGCGCUGGCUUAACUCCCCCAACAGCUACACCAAGGUCAGCGUGGAGGCCGGAGAGGAGCGCUGCAACAGCCGGACGACCACGUGGAUGAGGGCGGAUGAAACAGGAACUCCGAUCCGGAUUGAAGACCCAAAUCAGUUUGUCCCUCUAAACACAGAUCCCAGUGAGGUGCAGCAGAAGAGGAACAAAAUCAGAGAGCAGAACCGGUUAGACGUGAUGACGUCAGGUCCGCGCUCUCAGCACCUCGCCGGCAUUCCUGUCGAUCAGCCACGACAGGAUCUGGGGCAGAUAAACGUGCCGCCAUACGUGCCCACAGAGGAGGAGCAGAUGGCUCCUCUUCCUCCCAACCCGUUCAGCGAGCUGUUGGAAAAGGAGCAGCACCACAAAAACGUGGAGAGAAGGCAAUUUGGCCUCAGCGAUGGCGAGCACGAGCUAACCUCCGACGACGGCUCCACGCUCUCUCAGUCUUUGUCUGUCGCCCAGUCGCCGCAAAGCACUCCAGCUAAAGAAGAGAACCACACGGGCCUGAUGAACGGCAAGGACAACCACGAUGACGAGCUCUCCAAGCGCGUCAGUCAGCUGACCACCAGCGUGGAGAGCGUGGAGAUCACCGUGCGACCCGGCGAGAAGAUCGAGGAGCCGCUGUCCCCCGAGAGCUCCCCCUCCAAGUCGCCCAACACCAAGAAGAAGAAGAAGUUCCGCACGCCGUCGUUCCUGAAGAAAAGCAAAAAGAAAGAGAAGACUGAGGCCUGAGAGAAGCGAGCGGGCGAAGUCGGGAAGAACGCACCUGCGGAAAGAGGGUGUCGAAUUCCCCCUUUUUUUUUAUAUUUGAUUUUUUUAACCAGAGGUUUUAUGUACAAAAGGCAGAGGAAAGAUUUAACAAGAAAAAAAAAACAGCAGUUUGGGAUUUUUAUGAAAAAGUCAUUUUGCAAAGAAAGAAUGUUUGUGAGAUUUUGGGGUAGCCAGGUGUGUAGGCCCACCGAUUAAAGCUGCAGCAGAUGGGAGCUAUAUAUAUAUAUAUAUAUAUAUAUAUAUAUGUAUAUAUAUAUAUGUAUAUAUAUACAUAUAUAUAUAUAUAUACAUAUAUAUAUAUGUAUAUAUAUAUAUAUAUAUAUAUAGGGCAGGCGUGGUUGUGUCUAUAUACCUGAUAUCUCAUGCAGUACUCCAGCUCGCUCCUUGGAAGCGUCACUUGUAGAUCCUGAAUAACUGGCUCGCUCCUCUUCCCCUUUUUUCUAACCUCGGCUCAAUACUAAACUGGAAACCUCUUUGUCCUUCAUAUAUUCUUUAAUAUUCCACCUCGCUCAUAUUUUGUCUCACUUUGUCUGCACAGAAAACAUAAAAAUUUAACAUCACACUGGAAAACUAGUUUUGGGAAAUAAAAGCAGUCGGAGGAUUUCAGCUGAUGUAUUUGCUGUGGCUCCCAAAUUACUCUUCGUGACUUCUUUCUCCGAAGGAGGAUUGUGGUUUAUAGAUGUGGUUAAAGAUCGUCAGAGUAGAUAGCGAGGAUGAAUUCUGGCUGCUUCUAACUACAUUAUCUCAUAUUUACGUAGCAUUUUCAUACUGCGUCCUCUUCGUCUCUCUCCGCUGUUGUUUUUGUUUGUCUAGAUGACUGGGAGAAAAUCUUGCUUUAGUUAAGAAACCGCUGUUUGUUUCAUGAAAUGUGAUCUUUUUUCUUUUUUUAAUUCAAUGCAGCUUUAAGUCCGUCAGCCCCAUGUUGCACUAGGUUUGGGCCAGUUACCAGCUUCAGUCUUAUACAGGUACAUCUCAAUAAAUUAUUAUAAGAUCAUGUAUUUCAGUAGCUGAAACUACACCUGUCACAAUAACACAUUUUUCUGGAUAAUGAAUUGUCCCAGAAAUUAUUGCGAUAAAGGAUAAUUUUGUCGUUUUGAGAUCAUUUACAAGUAAUAUAUGCAAAUGUGCAUGUAUUAUACUAAUAAAAGUAAAUUUUGUCCAGAGCACUCCAUACUGGACCUGGAAGAUAUUUUAAAUGGCCAAAAUAAAACACAACAACCAAAACCGGAAAUAAACACCUCACACAAUCAAUACCAUAAAUAAAAUAUAUUGUUAUAUCUUUGUAACUGAAAACAUUUAAGAUUGAAUUAUUACCUAAGACUAAUAAAAAAACAGCAUUUUAAAACAGAAAUUUAGGCUUCAUUAAAAGUAUGUUUAGCGCCUGCUUAGAGGUUAUUAUUAAAAAGGUACUUUUAAUCUGACAAACGAGCUUCAGAAAGCAUAUUCUGAUUUACUGAACGUGACUGAAAUCUUUUUUACAAAUUUAUAUUUUAAAUCCCUGUCAGGGGUUGCACUUCAGUAAUUAAACAUCCAGCUAAUGCAUCUGAAGUUUCCAACUUUAAAAAUAAUUCCCUAAAUUUUGCAACGCUGAUAUAACCCCUCCCUCACCAAAAAAAAUCUUACAGGAAGUUAUGCACAAACGUAAUUUUGGCCUUCCUCGUGAACUAAACACGUUCUGCUGAUGUAACUUUUGCAUUUACAUUGAUCCAAACACACACAUUCGGUGCAGGUGCUAAAACUAAAGGAGCGCCACCUAUAACUCGUUAUAGGUACUGCAGGGGUUUACAAACUACUACAAAACUUAGCAGGUGUUGAUUCCUCACAUUUCAUUUGGUCUACUUCUCAAAAUAACAGACUGGUACAGCUAACAUAACUGUAAUAAUGUUAUAUAAUGUGUCAAAUAAUUGUUGCUUUUUUAAGAUUCAAAAUGGUAUCAAUUAUGUUACAGAUUUUAACUGUUAUUGUGUAGUGAAAAUCUCACACACUUCUGAACUCGAGUCCCGGCGUAGCGCCUGCUUUAGCGAGAACUGGAUAUCAUGGCUAGCGUCGUAAUCCUGAGGAACACUCGGUUCCUACUUAGCACAAUAAUGUAAAAACUGGAUAUGCUGGCUGUUGACUUGCAAAUUUGAGCUUCUAUUCUGUUGUGCAGCACUUUUCUUGCAGAAUAUAAUGUGGGUUUUUGUUUUUGUUUUUUUCUUUCACCAGCGAAGGAGAUUAUGAAGUAUUUGGUAGAAUUCGCGCAAGUGGCAAGCGAGGAAUGGUGUUCGAGAAAAGUCAGGGCCAAGAAAGUGAGCGGAAAGAAAAGAGAGGGAUAAUCUCGGGUGAAAUAAAAAAAGGUUUUGAUCGUAUCCUGUUCGUGUCUUUGCUGUUGUUCAGAACGCAUCAACCGAUCGGCCCCAGGCACGUUGCUCUUGAAUGUUGUGUUAAACAGAUACUUUCUUGAUCCGUUUCUGAUUAUACCCUUGUCUGCACAAUCUUAUUCGGAGUCCAAUCAAAGGUCCUGUAAUAGCUGUACAAUGACAGCAGGUGGCAACAUUAUCAGUGAUAAAUGCAUCAAAGUGGAAAAGAAAGCGUCCCCGGUAUAUUUUGGAUGGUUACGUUAUUUUACUCUCCAUUUAAAAACUAAUUAUUUCACAAAGACCUCCCACGUCACAAUUAUUAAGUCCCUGGCACUUCAUUGAUGGUUUUCUAGCUGUAAGAGUCACGUUACGGCUUUGUGAUGUCCAUAGUCCUCCCACCACCGUGUGGCGCUGUAGGUGCCGGUGUUCUUUGGUUUACAGACCUCUCCCUUCGUCCUCUAAGCAAGAGUGAUGUCUGACCAGAGGACACACUUCUUUUAGACUACUUAUUUUCUUUCUUGCUUUCGUUACGUUUACGCUAGCCGUACCUUGUUCUGCUCCGUGGCUCUCUUUGAAUCCAUUAAUGAUGCUUCUCAAGUCUUGACACUUAAAAAUGCUGCUUUGUCAGCAUCAAGAACUCUUUUUCUCAAAUCUAAGCUGAUUUUUUUCUCUCUUUUUGUUUAAACCUUUCUGAAAUGGCAGCUUCAACGCUUUCUAAAGUCGCUAUACUCUGUGUAAACUGGGAUCAAUUUCUUAGUUUUAAGUAGGGAUACACCGAUAUGAAAAUGUAGGCCGAUGUUGAUAUCCAAUGCUAUUGUAGCCAAAAACUGAUAUUUACUGAUAUAUCAUAUGUAUAUAUUUUCCUACACUUUUGACGCCGUUUGAAAGCAACAUCGCCUCUCUGCUUCAGUUAAACAUCCCAUAAUUCUGUGCUGCAUCACUGUCACUUGACCAAACAAACACCACAUGACCAACUCCAUCCAAAACACACACACACGACAAGAUGGAAAUAAAUAUCAGUUAGUAAUAUCUGCUCAGUUUUACUUAUCGGUCCAGUUCCGGUGUUGAAGCCGAUGUACCGUUCAUCCCUAGUUUUGACUAGAUUUACUGGCUAAAUAAGAAUGUGAGUUUUUAAGGUGGCAAUUAAAGAGUUGUGUAAUGAGUUGGAAAGUUUUGUUUCACUUUCUCAAAUACUUGCAUCAAGUGGAAACACAAAAUUAUGUAUGCUUUGAAAGGUAGUUUUGAAAAAUGCUAAUCUGAAACUGCCUUAUUCUUCGAAAAAGCACUCAGGAAAUAUUUGACAAAAUGUAAAAUUUCCCAACUAAAUAGUCCUGGUUUACACUCAAUCUUUUUCUUUUCUUUUUUUUUUUUCUCUUAAUCUCCACUUUUAAAAAGCGUUUCCAAAAAGAAUCUCAGUUUUUGUUACCUGCAAUCGGAGUGGAAAAUCUCAGUUUUUCCAAAAAACAUCUAGGCUGUGUGUGGACGGGGCCUGAGAAAUGGGAGCCUGGUGUGUUGGUGUGUUUUUCUUAAAGCCAUACCGUAUUUUCUUUUCUUUUCCAGCUUUAUUAAGACAAAGGUUACGAUUCUCAUCUGCCCGCUCAGGCUUCACUGUUCCUCUCUGUGAAACAUUUACAAAAUCCCCGGCGACUGCACUGACUCUCCUCUGGCCUCCAAAAGCUCCCAACUCAUAACCACAUACUUGAUUUAUCCUAAUUUCCUUUAAGAACUGGAACGGGACAUGAUGGAUGCUUUUAUUUUCAUUUGAUCCCACUCUGGGUAUGCGUUUCUCAAUCUCACUGCAACAGUCAGAUGACCCUCAGCUGAACUCUGCUCAGCCCAAACCGGUGAUGUCUUGCUGCGUAGCCCCUUUUUCUUCCCUUCCCCCCAUCGCCAAUUAAAUAAAUGUACCAAUAUCCCAGCUAGCAAUGUGAAAUAUUGGAUUUGGAGGGCAGGAGCAUCUUUAGCUGCGUUAAACGCCAGCUUCCUGGGGUCUGGGAGAGGGUGGGUGUGAGGCGGAGUCGCGCAACUGAAAGGUGAAGGGAAGCGAGGCGUGACUUUGGAACUGGAGUUUGUGUGUUGUAGCUAGAGACAGGAAUGGAUGAGCUGAAACUAACACACCAUGUUUUUUUAUCACUCGGAUUGUCUGUUUUUUCCUCCUUCCGUAACAUCUCUCCUUUUGAAAAUGUCUUCUUUUUUUUCCUCCAUCCUCUUUUGUACCACAGUAUGCUAUCUUUCCUUUUAGUUUGCAGAGAGCUGCAGGCCUCCUAAGUAUUUCAUGAGCUGAUCCUGCUCUCAGAUGAACUGAAUGUGCAUUUCAUUCUUUCUUUUUGUUAUUUUCUCCUCUUGUGUUUUUAACAGUUUGCACCUUGCUUUACUAAUGCCUCUAUCCAUUUUUUUGUUUUUCUGUCAAAAAAAAAAGAAUGCUUUUUUUUGCUUUGGCAUGUCAAAAUGAGCCAAGCUACUUUGUGACCUGUGAAAAUCCUAUAUAAAUGGUUAUCUAAUGGAGUUGCUUUUAGAUGUGUUGCUAAUCUGUGUAAAUUCACAAAUAAAAACUGUAUUUUAAGAAAA